CCUUGAACCCGCUUCGCCUCAUUAUCACCCCCAAACCCUAACCCCUCUUCCAUCUCUGCAAAACAAUGCCGCCGAAGUUCGACCCCUCCCAGGUCGUCGACGUCUUCGUCCGCGUCACCGGCGGCGAGGUCGGCGCGGCGAGUUCCCUCGCCCCCAAGAUCGGUCCCCUCGGUCUCUCCCCCAAGAAGAUCGGAGAAGACAUUGCCAAGGAAACCGCCAAGGACUGGAAGGGCCUCCGAGUGACCGUGAAGCUCACCGUGCAGAACCGUCAGGCCAAGGUCACGGUGGUCCCCUCCGCCGCGGCGCUUGUUAUCAAGGCCCUCAAGGAGCCCGAGCGCGACAGGAAGAAGACGAAGAACAUCAAGCACAACGGCAACAUCUCGCUUGAUGACGUCAUCGAGAUCGCUAGGGUUAUGAAGCCGAGGUCAAUGGCCAAGGACCUCAGCGGCUCGAUUAAGGAGAUUCUCGGGACGUGUGUCUCCGUUGGAUGCACCGUUGAUGGGAAGGAUCCCAAGGACUUGCAGCAAGAGAUCACCGACGGUGAUGUUGAGGUCCCUCUCGAAUGAGGAUGAGGAAGACUCUUUUUCCCUCUUCUGUUUGUUAUGUGCUUUUUCUUUUUUCUUCUUUUUAAUAUAAAUUUGGGGCAAGUAUUGGACGUUUUGUUUUAUGUUUAUUUACUGCUUUGGAUAAUUUAGAUGAUUUCGAGAGAUAUUAUUAUGGGAUUAUUAGUUUUUUUCUGCUCACAGCAUAAUAUGUUUUUGGUAUAAUUUUGUCAAUGAAUUUUAGCUUAUUAUGCGUA